AACCCUGAGACUUCAAAAAAAAAACACACAAAAUCCCCAAAUCCCAAAACUUCCUACAGAGCGCGCCCCAAAAAAUUUUUCUGACCUUUUCUUUUCAAAAUCCAAACUUUUUUCUAAUGGCGGACUCCCUCCUCUCCAAUCCCUCUCUCUAAAACCCCCCCUCCCCUUUCUCCAUUCUCCAUUCCUCUCAUCUCAUUCAACCUUGUCCCUCUCUCUCUCAUCAAGCAUCUAAAUCUCUAGUUCUUGGAGGCCAUGGCGGACAAAGAGAACUGCGUCCGCCUCACUCGCGCCCAGGCCAAGAAGAGGUCCGCCGCCUCUCUUCAAGCCCAGCCCAUGGCCUCCAACCCCAAAAGGAAGCGGACUGCCCUUGCCGAGAUCCCAAUCUCAACCAAUGCCCCGGCGAAGCCUGUGACUAGAAUGAGCAAGAAGAAGGAAGAGGCGAAGAAGGCUGUAACGUUACCUCCGGCGGCCGACGAGGCCGUUCAUUCCGAUCUCGAUGACCCCCAAAUGUGCCCGCAUUACGCUACCGACAUCCACCAGUAUCUGCGGUCGAUGGAGGUGGAGGCUAAGAGGCGGCCGAUGGUCAAUUUUAUCGAGAAGGUUCAGACUGAUGUUACGGCAAACAUGAGAGGGAUCUUGGUGGAUUGGCUGAUUGAGGUUGCCGAGGAGUAUAAGCUUGCUUCCGAUACCCUCUAUCUCACAAUUUCGUAUAUCGACCGGUAUCUGUCGUCGAAUGUGCUCAACAGGCAGAAGUUGCAGCUUCUUGGUGUUUCUGCUAUGCUAAUUGCCUCGAAGUAUGAAGAGAUAACUCCUCCACAUGUGGAAGAUUUCUGUUACAUAACCGAUAACACAUACACCAAGCAAGAGGUGGUGAAAAUGGAGUCUGAUAUACUGAAGUUUCUCAAUUUUGAGAUGGGCAAUCCCACCAUCAAAACCUUUCUCAGGAGGUUCAUAAAGGCUGGUCUGGAUGAUAGCAAAUAUAAUGAUUUGAAUCUGGAGUUUCUUGCCAAUUAUAUUGCUGAGUUAAGUCUAGUAGAUUAUGGAUGUGUACAGUUUUUGCCAUCCACUGUUGCUGCUUCUGCUGUCUUUCUCGCGAGAUUAACCUUGCUCCCAGAUUCACAUCCUUGGAGCUCAAAGUUGCAACAACAAACAAAUUAUAAGCUGUCUGAUCUAAAGGAUUGCAUCAAAGCCUUGCAUGACUUGCAGUUGAACAAGAAAAAGUCCUCUCUGACUGCCGUCAGAGAAAAAUACAAGCAGCACAAGCAGUUCAAGUUUGUAACAACGCUGGUUCCUCCCUUGGAGAUUCCGACAUCAUACUUUGAAGGCUUCUAAAUUCAUCUCAGCUUGAGGAUAGCACAUCUAACUUUAGAAGGAGAUGGAAGUCUUGUUCAUUUUGGUGUAUUAACACAAAUUGUAUGUAUUAUGUCAAUGGUUGUUCUUAACAACAAUGUUUUAGGAUGCGGCAUGACAUUGUUUUCUUUCUGAACC